AUGGCUCGCCCACAAAAGAAAGGAGGACCUAAGCCCUCUAUUACCAAAAAGAAGGGUGGAUUUGGAAAAAAGACAGCCCAAGAUGAUUUUGUCAGUAAGGCUCUUAGCCGCGAUGUUUUUGAAGCAGCUGAAGAAUCCGAUCGUCGUAAGGGUCACGAUCUCGACGAAGUAGAUAAUUUAGAGUAUGACGCCGGUGAAAUCGAUGAGGAAGACGAUGAGGAAAUUGACUCCGAUGAAGCCUUUGAUGAAUCCGACGAAGAGCGUUUCGACGGUUAUAAGUUUUUAGGUUCAACAAAGUCUUCAGAAAAGAAGAAGGCCCUUAAGCCUAGCACUGGAGAAAUUGAUUUGAAUGAGGACUCCGACGAGGAAGAAGAUUCUGAGGACGAGAACGGUGAAGGAUACAUGGAUCUUUCUCAAAUGCUCGGUGGAGAUCAAGAUAAAGAUGAAGCUAGUGAUGAAGAGGAAGAGGAAUUCCGAGGAUUUGAUGAUAUUGAGGAUGAUGAAUCUGACGAAGAUGAAGACAUGGAAUUAGAUAACCAAGUUGCUGAUUUGAUCGACAGUAUCGAAUCAAAGAAGCGUAGACGUGCCGGCGAGGAGGAAGGCAGCAUUAAAAAGCGUCAAUUGAAAGAAAGAAAUGAAUCCUACAAGGAAAGUGAAUUCAACUUGGCCACCCGUGAAGAAGAUGAUGCCUCAAAGAAACUGAGUCUUAAUGAUCUUAUGGGUACUGUGGAUGAUGAGGCUGCUUUUGGUACCUUAAAAUCCAGUCUUGAAGUAUUAGCUGGUAAAGGCAAGAAUCUUAGUCGUCGUGCUUUGGAUGCUCCUCUCCCUAAGCGUGUCCAAGAUCGUAUGGAACGUACUGCCGCUUCUGCCACUGUCAAUGAAGAAAUCACUAAAUGGCAACCCACUAUCAAAAUGAACCGUGAAGCUGAGCAUCUUUCUUUUCCCUUGCGCGAUAAUAACCUUGCUCCCAGAGAAAAUAAAACUAGUGCUGGUAUGGCUGAAAAGUUUAAAGCCGAAACCCCUCUUGAACAACAAAUUGCUCAAGCUCUUGCUGAUGCCGGCAUGAAGGAUCAGGAAUUAGAAGCCUUUGAGGCUCUCAAGUUAAACAAACUUACGGUGGAAGAAGUUGCCGAAAAGCGUAAGGAACUUCGCUUGAUGCGUGAAUUAAUGUUCCGUCAUGAAAUCAAGAACAAGCGUCUCAAGAAGAUUAAGAGUAAGAGUUACAGAAAGUUGCAACGUAAAGAAAAGGAUAAGUUGACCUCUCAAAUCGCUGACGUGGCUGAAAUUGAUCAUGAAAUGGAGGGUGAUGAUAAGAUGGAUGCUGCUGCUAACAGAGCUGAAGAGCGUAUGUCUUUGAAGCAUAAGAACACCAGUAAAUGGGCUAAACGUGCUUUGGCUCGUGGUACACAAGAUGAAGGUACCCGUGAUGCUAUUAUGGAACAAUUGCGCCGUGGUGAAGAACUUCGUCGCAGAAUCGAUGGUGAUCAAUCUGAAGAUAGUGACGAAGCUGAAGAGAAUGACGAAACUUACGUCAACAAUCAAUUGUCCAAGUUAAACGACGAGAUCGCCGAAGAUACCCAACCCCAAAAGGGUUUACUCUCCAUGAAAUUCAUGCAAGACGCUGCUAAGCGUCAAUUAGAAGCCACCAAGAAGGAUGUGGCUGAUUUCGAAAAGGAAUGGCUUGCUGCCGACAGUGAUGAGGACGAGGAACAAAAGGAGGAAGCGAACCACUCUGUUGUCGAAAAUAAUCCCGGCCGUAUGGCUUAUGGUGCCAAAGCUAAGCAAAUCAAGAAAGCCAAGGCUACCGAAGAAGAGAGUGAUGAUGAAACUGGCAUGGUUACUAUUAACCAAGCUGGACAAAUAAAAAAGAUUUCGCAUUCAGCUGUUCACAAAACUAGUACAUCUACACCCAUCAACUUAAAGAACCAAAGUCCUUUGGCUGAUUUAAAUAACGAUGAUUCCGCUAAUCCUUGGCUCCAGGCUGAUACAUCUCGUCUUUCCAAGAAAGCUUCCAAGAGCAACAAGGCUAUCUCUGAAAAGCCUAAAGAAACUAAGAAGGCUGCUAAAAAAGAAAAGAAAUCACCAGCUAAAUCUACACCAGCCAAGCCCACAUCUAAUAUUGCCAAGUCAAAGCUCGCCAAGGGCGAUUCAGACUCUGAAGCAGACGAUGGAAGCGACGACGAGGACGAUCAAAUGGUGCACAAUGACAAGGUUUCUUUCAGUCAGCGCGAACUUGUUGCCAGAGCAUUUGCCAACGAUGAUGUUGUUGCCGAUUUUGAAGACGAAAAGAUGGCCGAAAUUGAGAGAGACGGUGAUCAAGUGGAGGAUUUAACUUUGCCUGGUUGGGGUGCUUGGGGUGGAUCAGGUGUCAAGAAGUCUAAGAAGAAGAAGAUUCUUAAAGUCACUAAAGGUAUUGAUGCUCAAAACAGAAAGGAUGCCAAACUUGCACAUGUCAUUAUCAAUGAGAAACUUAACAAGAAGGCCGAAAAAUACCGUGUUACUUCUGUACCUUUCCCCUUUAAAACUAUGGAACAAUAUGAAAGAUCUAUUAGCCAGCCUGUUGGUAAUGAAUGGAACACACGUCAAACUUUCAUGAAGAUGACCAAGCCUAGAAUUAUCACUAAGCUUGGUAAGGUCAUUGAUCCUCUCAACGCUCCCUUCGCAUAG